AUGGGCGGCAGAGGCAAUCACAGGGGAGGCUUUGGGUCUCACCCUGGUUCAUUCAACCAACAGUUCAGCGACCCGCGCCAAUUCUCCCAGUCCCCGCAGCCGACUCCAAAUUCUUACAACGCUUCCCCAAACCACUCACCCUACGGUGCUGGUAGAGGGAACUGGGGCUCUCAGCAAUUCUCCCCGACACAUCAAUACCCUCCUCAGUACCCUCAAUCCAACUUCGGACCCCCAUCUGGACCACAAGGCUCGUACACACCAAACCAAUCGUUCUCACCGCCCCCGAGUGCUCCAACCGGACCUAUGCAGCCAUAUUCCCAGGGCAACUUCCGCGGCGGCUUCCGCGGCGGCGCUGCGUUCCGAGGCAACCAAUUUGGAUCCGGUCGGGGGAACUACAGAGGCAAUGGUUUCAAGAGUGCGCAGUGGACUUCCAACAACCAUGCCUCUGCUUCUCGUGGCCAAUUCGGGCAAGCGGAUGAAGCGAACUCUCAGCAGUCCACGACUCCCGCACAAAGCAACAAGUCAGACGUCGGCGACAAUGCUGCAGAGGGCGAAAACCCUUUCCGGCCAUCAAAAGACAUGCAAGUGGAGGACACUACUCCGUCCGAAAAGACCGGUGAGAGCGAUACCCAGCGAACUACCAGAGCGCCGCCCGUCGGCCCGGCUGCUCAGUCGUCGUCGAAGUUCAGCUUUGCAUUUAAGGCGUCUGCAAAGCCCACUCCGACGGCGCCUAAGCCGGAGAUCUCUCAGAAGUUCAAUGCCGUCCCUCAACGACGUGAAUCCACUCACCAAAAUGAUUCGAGAGACCACGACCGUGAUCGCGACCAUGAUCGGGAUCGCGACCACCGGGACAGAGAUCGAGACCGAGACCGUGACAGGGACCGUAACCGAGAACGUGAUCGCGACCGGGACCGGGAACGGGACCACCGCGACAGAGACCGGGAUAGAGACCGGGGUCGGGACAAGGAGAAGGACAAAGCCGCCGACAGAGACAUCCCUCGCGGGGCUCCGACCGAACCUGCAUCGGCCAGAGCUCGCCAGGAUUCAAGGCAACAACCACCCCCUGGGCCCCGUCAGCCCCCUGCACCAAGGACUCGCAAGAUCAAGAAGACUAUGCGGCGGCUCAAGCCUGGGCCGGUAUUGCCUGAAGACCUGAAGACUUCAGAUUCAGUUUACUUCCGCAAGCCUGGCAACGAGUCUGUCGUCGGUUCGGGCACCUAUGGCAAGGUCUUCAAAGCUUUGCACGUCUACACCAAAGGCUUGGUCGCUCUCAAGCGCAUCCGGAUGGAAGGCGAGAGAGACGGGUUCCCGGUCACAGCCAUCCGAGAGAUCAAGCUUCUCCAGUCACUACGCCAUACCAACAUUGUCCAGCUACAAGAGGUCAUGGUGGAGAAGAACGACUGUUUCAUGGUUUUCGAAUACCUGUCCCACGAUCUGACAGGUAUUCUGAACCAUCCUACCUUCAAGCUGGAUGCGGCCCAGAAGAAGCACAUGGCCAAACAGCUUUUCGAUGGCCUGGACUACCUACAUAAGCGCGGAGUCCUCCAUCGCGACAUCAAAGCCGCCAACAUCUUGGUUAGCAGCGACGGAAUUCUCAAGCUCGCAGACUUUGGCCUCGCACGAUUCUACGCGAAGAGACACCAGCUGGAUUAUACCAAUCGUGUUAUUACCAUAUGGUAUCGCUCGCCUGAACUACUUCUCGGCGAGACGCAGUAUGGCCCAGCCUGCGAUGUCUGGAGUGCUGCCUGUGUCAUGGUGGAGAUCUUCACCCGCCAUGCCAUAUUCCCGGGGGAUGGAAGCGAGAUCAACCAACUGGAUAAGAUCUAUGCCGUUAUGGGAACACCGAACAAGGCAGAAUGGCCUGGGCUGGUGGACAUGGCUUGGUUCGAGUUGCUAAGACCAGGUUACCGCCGGGCGAACUCUUUCGCCGACAAGUACCAAGACAGAUUGCCUCCUGCCGCCUAUCGCCUGCUGGCCGCCAUGUUCCGUUACGACCCUGCGAAGAGGCCGACAGCUGCAGAGGUCCUCGCGGAUGAAUACUUUACCACCGAGGAGCCUCCUCCAAGGCAGGCUGUUGAGCUCGCUACCCUGGACGGUGACUGGCACGAAUUCGAAUCCAAGGCACUCCGACGCGAGAACGAACGCAAAGAAAAGGAAGCUCGGCGCGCCGCAGCGGCGUCCGCCAAAGACAACAAGUCUAGAGAGAGAAAGAGGGAGAACGACGCUCACGAUGAGCGUGGGGAAGCUAAGAGAGUCCAGCUCGAAGGCAAGGCAGCCGUGCCUGCCGAACGCUCGAAGGCCUAG